AUUAUCGGAUACGAUCCGGAUUCCAAUGUAUUCCCAAAUGCGCGGGUGGAAGGGGUCGACGAACUGCGGAACGAUAUAUACGAAUCCGUUAAGAACAAGAAAAAGGGAGCGCUGCUAGACGCACUAAAGAAUGGCAUAAAAAACGUUGGCUUAGAACAGGCCGGGACGUAUGUGACGGUGGGGCUGGCUGUGCUUAUGGCG